AUGUACCGCCGAACCCUUUGGGUUCUUUGCUCCCUGGCCGGCGCCUCUUUCUGGCAUGUCGCUGGCGCCGAGAGUAGAAUCUCAAAUCGCCGUUGGUUCACAGUCUCGGGCGAUGCCGGGAAGAUGCAGGCGACUCGAGACACUGUCUGCACGGAGGAUUUCUACCACGGCAGCCAGCUGGAGGCAAGAUUCACUGCGGAGCCGCAGAGGCUCACCAGCACCCCAGGCGUCCUGUGCUCAACUUUGGGCAGUGCUACGGAUGCUUGGGUCCACAGGAACCGAGCCCGGGUAUCUCCGCCGAGUGACGAUGCAAUCUUUUCCACCAUCUGUCGCUCGGGCUCGCCUCAGCAGGUGAUCGAGCCACUGGCCGGCAUCCUUAGGAGCCCCCAGUAUCCCUGCAGGAUGGCGGGUGCAAACGGAGGGAGCCAACGGGAUCCGAUGAUGAAUGUGGACUGGCUUGUCCUGGCCGACAACAGGAGCUUUCCGGAGGGCAUCAAGGGGAAGCGCAUAUUUUUCGACGCAGGUGGUUCGCGGUUCGCUGACGCCAUGCGCUUCUUUGCCCCUGCCUAUGAAGAGCGCGGGAUUCCGUUCGACGAGAUCUAUGUAUGGGAGGCCAUGCACCUGCCAGAUGAAACGUAUUGGCAGGGAACCCCGGAAGCGGUUCGUAAGCGCUGGGAGUCUCAUGUCAAGUUCUACAGCGGCGUCCCGGUCACAGACGAGGUUGGCUCCGAGAACAACCCCAUUGCGCGGAUCCAUCAGCAUUGUGGGCCCGAUGACUUCUGCUCUUUCAAGCUCGACAUCGACACACCGGCACUUGAAUGGUCGUUGGUGCAGCAGCUGCGGGCCGAUCCCGGGCAUCUCAAGGAGUUCUUCUUCGAGCAUCACGUGCACGGUCUCAUGGAGAAGAUCUGGAAGGAUGUGAAUGGCACCAUCUCUGACAGCUACGACGUGUUCGAAGACUUGCGUCGCCAGGGUGUUCGCGCCCACUCCUGGGUUUAG